AAAAAAAAAAAACUUGUCAUCAUACUGUUCUUACAGAACAUAUUUGAAGACAAAAACCAAACAACGAUUUCUCCUAUACGUACAAAAAUAAAUGCAACUUUUGUUUGAAACGGACGUGUAAGUUGUAAGUUGUGUAAACUCCAUCAUCUUCUUCUCCGUCAACCUCUCUCGUAAUAAACUCUGUACCCCCUUUACACUUUUUCCCUUUUCUGCCUCGGUUUCUUCGCCUUGGCCUAUAUAUACACAUAUAUAACCUGAAUGGCUGCCACAGUAUUUCAUCAAGCAAUUGGAACACUUCAGUCAAAUGGUUAUUUAAAAAACUCAGGCCUUCAUCAAGAGAUUAGGGAUGGUGCUGUGAGAUUACCACUAAAGGGUUUUAAGCUCGAGCUUGGAGUGUCAAAAAGAGCAUGUCACAGCUCUGGCUCUAGAAACUUCGGCGUAAUUCAAGCCUCGGUUUCUCAAACAUCUGUGGUUGAUCCAGUUUUGUCUCCCGCAAACAAGAACACUAAUGAACCUCGGAAGAAAUCUAAUGAAGCAGCUUUGAUUCUGAUACGACAUGGUGAGUCAUUGUGGAAUGAAAAGAACUUAUUCACCGGUUGUGUUGAUGUGCCUCUGACCAAAAGGGGUGUGGAGGAGGCUAUUGAAGCUGGUAAGAGAAUUAGUAACAUACCCGUCGACAUGAUCUAUACGUCUGCGCUAAUUCGCGCGCAAAUGACUGCUAUGCUUGCCAUGACUCAGCACCGUCGUAAGAAGGUGCCCAUCAUUAUACAUAAUGAAAGCGAACAGGCGAGGGCUUGGAGUCAAAUUUUCAGUGAAGACACCAAAAAGCAGUCCAUUCCAGUUAUAGCAUCUUGGAGAUUGAAUGAAAGAAUGUACGGUGAAUUACAAGGUCUCAAUAAGCAGGAAACGGCAGAUAGAUACGGGAAGGAACAAGUUCAUGAGUGGCGUCGGAGUUACGACGUACCUCCCCCAAAUGGCGAGAGCUUGGAAAUGUGUGCUGAAAGGGCCGUUGCUUAUUUCAAAGAUGAAAUUGAACCCCAACUUUUAUCUGGAAAGAAUGUGAUGAUUGCUGCUCAUGGGAAUUCACUGAGGUCCAUCAUUAUGUAUCUUGACAAACUAACUUCCCAAGAGGUUAUUAGUUUAGAACUGUCGACCGGAAUUCCCAUGCUUUACAUUUUCAAAGAAGGUAGAUUCAUUAGGAGGGGAAGUCCAGUUGCGCCUUCUGAGGCUGGGGUCUAUGCUUACACCAGGACUUUGGCUCUCUACAGGCAGAAGUUAGAUGAGAUGGUCAAUUAAUAUGUUGUUUUAGCAUACAAAGGUGGGCAAAAAUGUGACCUUUAAUAAGAUGGGGUCAAUUAAUAGUUCUUAUGAUUUUUGAAAAAAAAAAAAAUAUAU